CCUCGAGAUACUCAGUAUUCUUUUCUUGAAUUCCUCGCUUUGCUCGUGGUUCACUAUUAGGAUCAUAGAAUAUAUUGAUUAAGAUUCUUCGGUUGCUCGGCAUUAAAUACGCGCACUCGCUGUAAAAAUCAAUUUUGUUCCUUACCCAAAUAAUUAUUUUAGUGCGGGUGGCAACACACUAUGUUAUCACUCGAGUGGUUGAGUGAGUUCGAGUCGAGUGUAUUCAAGAUUACUCAUCGUGUCGUGUAAUACUCACAAAGGUUUUUUUUUCAAAUAUCGUGCUAUUAAGGUUUGUUGUCAGUGAUCUGGAAGAAUGAAUGAGACUUUCACCGAUGCUGGCAAAUGCGAUAAAACUCCAGUUACAUCUGGAGACGCCCAUGCUUCGACACCGAGCGAUGUUGAAGAAAUUUCUUACUAUGAUAUGUCUGGUGAAAAAUAUUUGACAAUAUUUAAUCACUAUCAUUAUAAAAAUACUAAGUACUAUCAUUAUAAAAAACCACCAUCCAGAAUGGGCACAAACGAAGAUGUAAAAAGCUUGACGAAUACAUUCAAAAAUAUGGAUUACAAUGUUACUUGUUAUGAUGAUUUUGAUUACGAUGGAAUAAUGGACAAAGUUAUAGAAAUAAGUAAACAGGAUCAUAAAGCAACAUCAUGUUUGUGCUUUGCAUUUUUGACACAUGGCCUGAAAGGCGGGGAACUAUUUGCCGCAGAUAGAUCCUAUCAGUUCAAAGACGUGACAACAUUACUGGAAAACGGCCAUCCUACUCUCGUCGGUAAACCGAAGAUAUUUUUCAUUCAGGCUUGCAGAGGGGACAAGGUAGAUAGUGGCCGAAGGGUGGCAAUUGACGGACCGGAUGUGUCCGUAAAUAUUCCUACGCAUGCGGAUUUUCUCGUUUUGUACUCCAGUGUAGAAAGUUUUGUGUCAUACAGAAACAAAGAAGGUUCAUUUUUAGUUCAAGAAUUAUGUGACGUUAUAGACGAGUAUUACAAAGAGUGGGAUAUUUUACAUAUUAUUACACUGGUGCACAGAAGAGUAGCCUAUUACAGAAGCACGUACGCGCCAGCAAACCUCGCGAUACACGAUAAAAAGCAAAUGCCUGAGACUCGUUAUUCCUUGACAAAAUUAUUUAUGUUUAUAAAAAAAUAAUGACAGGUAAAACGUACUUUAAUAAACAUUAAUAAUUAAAGUUCUUUUUCCUUUAAAAAAAAUCUUUCUAAACAAAUAAAAAAAUAAAAUCCUGAAUCUAUAUAUACUUACAAUAAAACUGUAACAGGGUAACAGGUUCAAUUCUGUACAUUUUCUAAUGAAAUUUGAUACUUUUAAGACCAUAAUAAGUAUUAUGUACGAAGAAGGUUAUAGGAUAGAAUAUAUUAAUUGAUUAUGAAACAUGGCUAAAUCUCACAUGAUAUAAGUUCGGAGUAUGCCCGAUGAAAUUUUCGCAGUUUGGAUCGUGCUGCGUUGCAAGAACCAGCUCAUGACUAAGGGCCCCGUAUGGAUUCGAAACUAGUCGUGCAUACUCCGACCUUAUAUCACGUGAGUUUUAGCUUGAGUUUUAAUUUUAUUGAAUUAUAUUUUUGUAAAAUGAUUAACGGAUUAUGCAUUAUAUAAAACGAAUUAAAACAAUAUAUAAUUAUAUGUAUAGGGGUAGAAAGUUUACAUCUACUUUCACGCGGAUGAGGCCGCGGGUGUUCGCUAGUAUAUUAUAAUUUCUUAUCUCCUCGUACAAUACUAGUAACAUAAUCGCUUUGAAAUAAAUAUCUAUUUCCAGUGUAUCAAGUGUACCUACCUAUCUUGUUUAAAUACUAGCUGACCCAGCGAAUGUGAAUUGAUGGUAGACGUGUCAAAAUUAUUUAGAGUUGUAUGUUUUUUUUCAAUGCCUCAUCAUAAAAAAAUUAAAAUGAAAUAAAAUUGUCCAAUAAAUUAAUUCAUUAAACAAAUAAAACACCCGACUGCAUAAAAUAUAAAAAAAAAAUUAAAAGAAAAAGAACAAGCUGUUCAGAAGUAUAGAAAGCAAUUAGAAAACAGUCGGGACCAUAUGAAUUGGAUAGAUUGAUUAUCGUCUACAUUAUUUAAUAGGCCCCGGUGUUUUUUUAUUUGUUUAAUUAAUUAAUUUAUUUCACACUUUUUAGUAACGAUAGAUGGUGAAUUUCAGAUUCAUUUGUAUUCAUACGUAUAACCGAGGUUAAGUAAAUAUUCAAAAAAUUCUACGGGUCGCUCGGUGGGCAAAUCCGACUCGCACUUUUUCGAUUUUUAUAAUCAAUAUAUUUAAUUUAGUCUAUUUUAGAUGUUUUAUAACUUCACUUCACAAACUGCGUCAUCCGCCGCGUGUUUUUUGUAUAGACAAUUAAUAAAUAACGUUUUUCUAAUUGUAGUUUUUUUUAACAUGGCCUUGAAAUCUCCAUUUUAAAUUCCUCUCAAAAAACCCUUAAAUUUGAUACCCAUAUU